CCUGGACCAGCCCAUUACAGGGAAAUCCACUCCCCACGGGGUGAGGCAGGCUAUCCUAUAAAAAAGAGUCUCAGUGCUUGACUUCAGUAUUCCUGGUAGCCAAGCAUUUGUCUGCUCUGGAGAACCUGAUUCUGAGACUCCAGUACAAUGUCUUACUACCAGCAGUGCAAUCAGCCGUGCCAGCCUCCUCCUGUGUGCCCACCCCUGAAGUGCCCUGACCCUUGUCCUCCCCAAGUGUGGCCUGGGCCUUGUCGUCCUAUAGUGUGCUAUGACCCCUGUCUUCCUUCAGUGUGGUCUGGGCCUUGUCGUCCUGUAGUGUGCUAUGAGCAAUGCCCCCCCNAGCCNUGGCAGUCAACAUGCCCUCCUGUGCAAUUUCCACCAUGCCAGCAGAAGUGACCACCCAACAAGUGAGGGCCUCCCAGUCAUCAGGUCCAGGGGAAGUGAAAGAAAUCUGUCUCACCGGCUCACCGACUCCAUAGCAACACUUUCAUCCUCCUUUGAAAGCCUGUCCUGGAUGCAGAAGAAUCUUCUCCACCCUUCAUCCUCCUUGUGCUUAUGAUGUCUCCUCACAGAGAAGUCAUGUUUCUCAGGCUGAUCUGCUGCUUUCCUGGGGCUGCUGAGAAUGAUCUUUUCUCUUGUUUUAGUGCACCAAGGAAGCAAGCACAACAGGUGUCUACUCUGUGCUUUCAGAGGAGCCUUCUCAACCUGCCUGUUACCUGAUCAGGGCAAUGGUCACUGCUGUUUCAUUUCCUGAAAAAGGACCCCUUUGGUGAUGGUCUAAUAAAUACUUUUUUUC